AUGGUACCGCGCGUGUUUGUUUUACUGUUGUCAUCGUUUGGGUUUUUGGAAGUUUGGAGCCACGGUGGUCCGGUUUCUCUGGUCCAAAGCUUGGACGGCGAAUGGAAGUUGUGGAACUCCAACAAGUCGUUGUCUCUCCCCGCUCGGGUGCCGGGCUGUGUUCACACGGCGCUGCAGGAGCAAGGCUUCAUAAAGGACCCUUAUUUCCGCUUCAAUGACUUACUGUAUGAGUGGAUCUCUUUGGACAACUGGACCUAUGCGUCCACGUUUGCGGUCUCCAAGGAAGUAAGGUCCAAGCAGAAAGUUCUUCUGGUGUUGGAUGGCGUGGACACGGCGGCGUCCAUUUGGCUGAACGGCGUGUCAGUGGGGCACACAGACAACAUGUUCCGACAAUACGUAUUUCCCGUCCGAGAUCUCCUAACGGGCGAGGAGAACGUGCUAACAGUCCACUUCCUGUCGCCCGUCUUGUACGCCGCCCAGAAAAGGAAGGCUCACUCCGCCUACGCUGUUCCUCCCGAGUGUCCACCCGACGUUCAGAAGGGGCAGUGUCACGUCAAUUUCAUUAGGAAAGCACAGAGUUCGUUCAGUUGGGACUGGGGUCCGUCUUUUCCGGGAGCGGGGCUGUGGAAAGGUGUCCGGCUGGAGGCCUUUGACCUACUGCGCCUCGACCGCUUCGCCACUUUCCCUCUCUAUGACGCCAAACACUCGGCAUGGACGUUGGUUGUGGAAAUGCUCUUGGACACUCUUCAGCUCAUGAACGGUGUCCAAAUCACCCUGGACGUGCCAGAGCUGCUGUCCCGUGCCACGUUCUCUACAAACGUUCGCCAAGGCAACGCCAAGUACAGCUUUUCCCUUAGCAUCAAUGUGAGUAGUAAGGUGAAGCUCUGGUGGCCCAACGGUCUCGGCGGACAACCAUCCUACCGCCUCCUCAUCACAGUUUGCUCUGAGGAUGGGAAAUCGCUAUACAGCGUGCGCUCCAAGGUGUAUUUUCGCACCGUGGAGCUUGUCCAGGAGCCUAUCGUCGGCUCACCGGGUCUAAGUUUCUACUUCCGUAUCAACGGCAAGCCGGUUUUCCUCAAAGGCUCCAACUGGAUACCGGCGCAUUCCUUCCAGGACCGGGUCACGCCCGAUGCUUUGAGAGAAUUGCUACGGUCGGCGACGGACGCAAACAUGAACGUCCUCCGUGUUUGGGGCGGCGGUGUUUACGAGCGGGACGCCUUCUACGACACGUGCGAUGAGUUGGGUCUCAUGGUGUGGCAGGAUUUUAUGUUUGCAUGCGCCAUGUAUCCCACCGACGACGAUUUCCUACGCACCGUGAGGGAGGAGGUUUACCAACAGAUUUGGCGACUAAAGUCACACCCGUCGGUCAUCGUUUGGAGCGCGAACAAUGAAAACGAAGCAGCGCUGGCCACCGACUGGUUCCACAUACCCGGCUGGCGGCGAUCUAUCUACCUCAAAGACUAUGUAACGCUCUACGUGAACAACAUCAUGACGCUCGUCAAGCAGGAGGAUCCCAGUCGUCCGUUUUUGGCAUCCAGCCCGACGAACGGCGCCGAGUCAGAGCGGGAAGGCUACGUCGCUGACAACCCGUACGACCCGCGCUACGGUGACACGCACUUCUACAGCUACGAGGCCGACUGCUGGGACUGGCGCGCUUUCCCUCGCGCGCGAUUAGCGUCUGAGUACGGCUUCCAGUCAUGGCCGUCACUCGCCGCGCUCCUUCCGGUGUCCGUGGCAGAAGACCGUAGCUUCAACAGCCGCUUCGCCGACCACCGUCAGCAUCAUUUGGAUGGAAACCAGCAAAUGUUAAAGCAGGCGUCCAUUCACUUCCCCCUGCCCAACUCUAGCCAGCCCCUCACCCGCUUCACGCAUACACUCUACCUCACGCAGGUGACGCAAGCUCAGUGCGUGAAGACUCAGACGGAAUUUUACCGGCGUAGCCGCAGUGAGUUACUCGGUGGCCUCGGACACACCAUGGGUGCCCUCUACUGGCAACUCAACGAUAUCUGGCAGGGGCCCUCCUGGUCGUCCAUCGAAUUCGGCGGCAAGUGGAAGAUGCUGCAUUACUUUGCCGUGGACUUCUUUGCCGAUGUCUUGCCCGUCGCCUUUGAGGACGAUGGCGAGCUACUUAUAUACGCCAUUUCCGAUCUGAGCCAAGACCUCAAGCUCAACGUUGUGGUGUCCGUGUACAAAUGGAGCGACUUGGACCCGAUUUGCAUGCUGAGAUCCAAAUCGGCGGCAGUCCCAGGAGGAAGCGCUGUCCCUGUGUUCAAACGUUCCAUCGCCGUCCUGCUGGUGGGAUGUGGCAACUGCAGCCGCCUCAGCUGCUUGCUCGCCUUUCACUUGGAGGAUGAAAACGGUGCCCGGCACGGUCCAGUCAACCACCACUUCCUGUGCUCGCCCAAAGACGCCGUCGGGCUGCGACCGCCAAACAUCACCGCCAAAGUGCGCGAGAACGAGACAGAAUUGCUGGUGGAUGUCGAGUCACAGGCGAUAGCUCCUUUUGUGUGGCUGGAUGUGGGCGAUGUGGAGGGUCGCUUCGGCUCCAAUGGUUUCCUGAUGCUCUCCCGGAAGAAGACAGUGGCAUUCCACGCCAGGAGAAACACCAGCGUCACCCAACUCUCCAGGGCGCUCACAGUCAUAUCGUUGAGUGACCUUUACUUGCCAUAA